AUGGAAAAACUAAAGGCUAUUGAAGAGGAGGAAUUGCGUCUGCGUCAACGCAAGAGGGACUGUGCUCUCCAACUUGAGAUAGCCAAGGCUGAUGCAGAAGAAAAGGUACUUGGAGAAUUUGAGGAGCAGUCUUCAUUCAAGGGUUUGCAAGAGCUAUUUGCUGAAUCCACAGCUGGCGAGAUGGUUGGCAAGUGGUUGGCAGAUUCUCCACAUGAAGUACCCCCUGCAGAGUUGGCUCAUCCCGAGCAGUUUGUGAAACCAGUACAAGUGCCAUCGGCACAAGAAGUGUCCAUACCGGUGCAACCCACCAUACCAAGCUUGCAGCAGGAAAUGAUAGACACAAUGCAGCUUCCUAAAUGUGAACUGACUAAGUUUGAUGGAGAGCCACUCAAGUACUGGAUGUUUAUCAAAAGUUUUGAUGCUACCGUAGGAAACACCAGCGUUGGGCCGAAUGUGAAGUUGAAUCAGCUCUUCUAUUAUUGUGAAGGCGAAGCUUUGGCAGUUAUUCAAUGCUGUGCUGUAAUGGAGCCUCAAGAGGGUUAUACCAAAGCGAGGGAGCUGUUGCGUGAACGCUUUGGGAACGACUACAAGAUCACAGAAACUUGGGUCCAAAGGCUUACUGAAGGACCACGAGUUAUGCCUGGUGACAAGAAGGCAAUUCAGAAGCUUGCUGAUGAUCUGAGGAGCUGUACUGUGGUGCUCACAGCCAUGGGCAAACUUGAAGAAAUUGACACGAAGCGAAGCCUUGGGGCUAUUGUGAGGCGACUGCCACAAGUCCUUCAGUCCAAGUGGAGGUCGAAGGCAGUCACCAUUCUAGAUGACACGGGUCGUUAUCCAGGAAUAAACAAGCUGAUGGAUUUUCUUGACAAGUCCGCAAGGGAAGCAAACGAUCCUGUGUAUGGCUUUAAAGACAACAACAAGGAUAGGCCUGUGGUGAAGAAGGUUUCUAACUUCAGUGUCCAAGCCACCGGAACGCCUCGUCCUAAAGACAAAAAACCACUGAAGCAUGCAUCCAAGCCUGAUGCGGAAGGGAAGUGCGGCCAAGGUCCUUGUGGUGUUCAAGGAUGCAACGGGCGACACUCGAAGCUGCCGCAUGAAGCGUUCCAGUCAAAUAAAGGCAGUGAGGGCACGUCUGACCCGACUACACCUAGCAAUCAGGAUGUAGGAGCUACCAGCUAUGCAUGCGGUGGCAUGCAAACGCCUGCUAAGAUAGCCCUACCUAUAGUUGCAGUCAUGGUGAAGGGUAGUGAUCAGGAAGACUGGCUCAAGACGUAUGCGCUACUUGACCCGGGAAGCAACAGGUCCUUCUGCUCGGUGAAUCUGGCAAAAUCGCUUAACCUGCAUGGUAGCAAACAGUCUAUGCAUCUCAACACUUUGAGCAACAGUUCCCAAGUAGAGUCACUUAUGGUUUCUCUUGAUGUGACUGCAGUGGCCAAGACGCAAGAAAGCAAGAUUUUCCACCUGCCAAAGGUGCAUGCACUAAAGGAUUUCCCUGUACUUUGCGACAGUCUUGCCGGUUAUGACGAAACACAAAGGUUCACGCAUCUGAAGGGCAUACCUAUCCCUCAGGUAUCAAAGGAGGUUGUGAUGCUUCUGAUUGGUCAAGAUGCGCCACAUCUACUUGCACCUCUUGAGGUGAGACAUGGAAAGCAGGGGGAGCCAUAUGCAGUGAGGUCAGUACUGGGAUGGACAAUCAGCGGUCCUCUGAGUGACGGCACACCUCCACAGGUCACUUCGCAUUUUGUUCAAGGAACACUUGAGGCUCAGGUAGAGCGUUUUUGGAAGCUGGACCUUGGGGACAUGGCCUUAUGCGAUUCUCCUUCACUCACCGUUAAUGACAAGAGGGCUCUCAAGAUUUGGGAUGAUUCAGUCAAGAUUGUUGAUGGGCAUUAUCAACUGGCCAUACCCUUCAGGGCAGAUGACCCUAAUCUGCCAGACAACAAGGCGUUGGCUGUGAAGCGACUUACAGAAUUGGGAAGGCGAUUGAGUAAAGACGGCCGCCUGCAUGAUCGGUAUUCUGCUGAGGUUAAUAAUCUGCUGGCCACGGGUUUUGCUGAGAAGGUUCCAGAAGAUGAGCUUGACGGUCCACCUGGGAGGACAUGGUAUAUUCCCCACCAUGGCGUUUUCAACCCGAAUAAACCUGGAAAGCUGCGAGUCGUUUUUGAUUGUGCAGCAAGAUUCAAAGGCAGAGCUCUCAAUGAUGUUGUGUUACAGGGGCCGGACUUGACGAAUAAGCUGAUAGGUGUCCUCCUGCGAUUUCGGGUUGGUCGAAUUGCUUUGAUGGCCGAUAUAGAACAAAUGUUCUAUCAAGUUGGUGUGACACAGGAACACAGAGAUGCCUUGAGGUUUGUUUGGUGGCGCAACGGGGGUAUGAAUGCAUGUUUGGAAGUCUUCCGAAUGAAGGUGCACUUGUUUGGCGGGGUGUGGAGCCCGAGUUGUGCAAAUUAUGCAUUGUUGCGAGCAGCGGAUGAUUUUGGAGAUCAGUUUGUUCCAGAAGUUGCCUCGACUGUAAGAAACAACUUUUACGUUGACGACUGUCUCAAAUCUGUUGAAACCGUAGAAGGUGCCAUUCAGUUGUCCAAACAGCUGUCAGAGCUACUUGCCUUAGGAGGAUUCCGCUUGACCAAGUGGAUCAGCAACAGCAGACGGGUCCUAGAAACCAUACCACUUGGUGAGAGGGCAAAGGUCGUGAAGGAUAUGGAUCUGGACAGUGAGCGACUGCCCGUGGAGCGUGCCCUCGGGGUCUCCUGGGACACAGAAGAUGAUACGCUUGCUAUCACCACGCGUCCUAAGUUGAAAGCUCACACGAGGCGGGGAUUACUCAGUGUUGUGUGUUCUGUGUACGAUCCCCUUGGGUUUGUAUGUCCAUUUGUUCUUCGUGCCAAGAUCCAGUUCCAGGACGAAUGCCGCCUCAAGGGCAAGAGCUGGGAUGAUCCCUUGGAAGUUCACACUCAAGAGAAGUGGAUGAAGUGGCUUGACGACAUUCCAAAGCUCAGUGAGUUCAAGGUUGACAGAUGUCUUAUCCCAGAUGGCUUUGGUGAUGUGCAUGAAAAUCAACUGCAUCACUUUGCUGAUGCAUCCAAGGAUGCUUUUGGCUGCGUCUCCUAUGCUCGUUUUGUCAGUGUUGCUGGUGAGGUAAAUUGUACUUUCCUUCUUGGCAAGUCCCGUCUGGCCCCACUGAAGACGAUGAAAAUCCCGAGACAGGAGCUCACAGCAGCAGUCGUUGCUGCUCGAGUUGACUUGAUGCUUCGGAAGGAGAUUGGUCUGGGAGUGAGUGGGUCCACAUUCUGGACAGAUAGUGUGUUGGUACUUCAAUAUAUCAGAAACCAGGAGAAGCGCUUUCAUACCUUUGUCGCCGACAGAGUGGCAGUUAUCCAUGAUGUGUCAGUACCAGAACAGUGGCGAUAUGUGGGUACAGCAGUCAACCCAGCUAACGAUGCUUCUCGGGGGCUGGAUGCUAGCCAGAUGGUCUCCAGUGACCGAUGGAGGAAGGGACCGGAGUUCCUGUGGAAAUCUGAAGAGGAAUGGCCGGUGAUGCCAGAGGUGCCAAACCUUGACAAAGAUAAGGAAGUGAAGAGUGAGGCCACUUCACAAGCUGUGGAUGCAGAGGAGAAGUUUACUGCGAGGCGAGGCACCCCAGAAUGUCUGUAUUCUGACAACGGAAGCAACUUCGUCGGGGGAGAAAGAGAGCUCAGGGAAGCUUUGUCAAUGCUGCGCAAGGACAACAAGGUUAAUGGGGCGUUACUUGUUAAACACAUUGACUGGCGUUUCAACCACCCAUUGGCAUCUCACAUGGGUGGCGCCUGGGAGCGUCAAAUUAGGACGGUGAGGAAGGUGUUGGCAUCACUCCUUCACAAUGAAGUUCUCGAUGAUGAGAGACUCGAGACGCUCUUCUGCGAGGUUGAAUGCAAGAAGUCCAAGUGCAAGGCUCCAAACGCAGAUGAGAACUGUUGCGUAUCAUUGGGCCUAGUCUGCACCGAGCUGUGUGAGUGCAACAGCUGUGAUAAUAUGAACGCAGCAGAGGACAACACAGUCAGUGAGGAUGACAUUGAAGAUGUUGAAGAAGACACCUUUGAAGAUGAGGAACUCUUUUACAGGUAA